CACGGAAGUGACUACGAACAGGAAGAGGACGAAAAAAAUAACCGUCCGCGACGCCGAGCCGAACCGGACCAGCAGCCACCAUGAACAGCAAAGGUCAAUAUCCAACGCAGCCAACCUACCCUGUGCAGCCUCCUGGGAAUCCACUGUACCCUCAGACCUUGCAUCUUCCUCAGGCUCCACCCUAUACUGAUGCUCUACCUGCCUACUCAGAGCUCUACCAGCCGAGCUUUGUGCACCCAGGGGCUGCCACAGUCCCCACCAUGUCAGCUGCAAUCCCUAUGGCUUAUUAUCCAGUUGGCCCCAUCUAUCCACCUGGUUCAGCAAUGCUGGUGGAAGGAGGGUAUGAUGCAGGUGCCAGAUUUGGAGCUGGGGCUACCGCUGGCAACAUUCCUCCUCCACCCCCUGGAUGCCCUCCCCAUGCUGCUCAGCUUGCAGCCAUGCAGGGAGCCAAUGUCCUCGUAACUCAGCGGAAGGGAAACUUCUUCAUGGGUGGCUCAGAUGGUGGCUACACCAUCUGGUGAAGAACCAAGGCCACC